ACCGCUGCUACUGCUGCUACUGCUGCUGGUACUGCUUUUACUGCUGGUGUACUUCUAGUCGAGUCUGUGCACCAUGAAGACGACAAACCUGAGCCGAUGUCUGACCCUGCUGACGCUGGCCCUGCUGGCGUUGGUCCUGCUGACUGGAAAAGCUGACGGUAGACCAGAAAAUUCAGGAGCAAGAAAUGAAAGAAGUCCAAGCGUUGUCAGAAUCAUCUGGCGUGUCGUGUCGAAAGUGUUAAGCAUAUUUGGAUUCAGUGAUGAGGAUGGCGACGCAGCAGUUGAUGAGGAUGGCGACGCAGCAGUUGAUGAGGAUGGCGAAGCAGCAGUUGAUGAGGAUGGCGAAGCAGCAGUUGAUGAGGAUGGCGACGCAGCAGUUGAUGAGGAUGGCGACGCAGCAGUUGAUGAGGAUGGCGACGCAGUAGUUGAUGAGGAUGGCGACGCAGUAGUUGAUGAGGAUGGCGACGCAGUAGUUGAUGAGGAUGGCGACGCAGCAGUUGAUGAGGAUGGCGAAGCAGCAGUUGAUGAGGAUGGCGAAGCAGCAGUUGAUGAGGAUGGCGACGCAGCAGUUGAUGAGGAUGGCGACGCAGUAGUUGAUGAGGAUGGCGACGCAGCAGUUGAUGAGGAUGGCGACGCAGCAGUUGAUGAGGAUGGCGACGCAGCAGUUGAUGAGGAUGGCGACGCAGCAGUUGAUGAGGAUGGCGACGCAGUAGUUGAUGAGGAUGGCGACGCAGUAGUUGAUGAGGAUGGCGACGCAGCAGUUGAUGAGGAUGAAAGCAAACUAUCUAGUAGAACUUAAGACUGAAAACAUUAAAAUGACAUGAGGUGUUUUCAUCCGAGAGCUUGGCUUGUUCAAGUUCAGAUUAAGUCGCUUAAAUCACCUAACUUCAUUGCUUAAAGAUCAAUAGAUAUCGUCUUGAAAUUUACAGGCUAAGCCACAUAAAUCCUUCACAAAACUAUAACUCAAACACUUUGCUCUCUCAAUAUGAAUAUGGAUGGGAGUCACAAGUGGAAAUAAGUAGGCAUGUUUCAUAGAGGGGCUGCUCUGUGUGACCCUGAUGGAUUCCUCCACCUUAUAUCAUUGUGUUUCAGUGUCCUCAAGUAAUGUUCUGUGUGUUGCAGGACAGACGAGCUGGGGGUGGGGCGUUUGGGAUUUCAUCAAAUGCGUGGGAAAUAUUAAGGAUAAUUGAGAGUGGUGGUGAUGUGAUCCAAUGUGCGGGCAUCACCAUGACACGGCUGCUACACAGUUCUGCGCUGCUCUGCCUCACCAAGCACCGUAUUCAGAAACACUUCUGAGCUGCAUCCUCACUACUUUCAAAGGCCUUGGCUAUGCUGUUUUUGUAUGAUGUUUUUACGGUUGAAGUGACAAAUAAACAAAAUCUUGAUAUUAUAUAAAGAAAAAAUAGUCUUAAA